AUGGAAGCACUCGCGACACUGCCACUGACCCUCUCGGUUCCGGCCGCGACUACAUUCCUCGCCUAUCUUAAUGCAAGAUGGUCACUCUUCUACGACGCAAAGUUGAUAAACUCCAUCGCCAGAGCCGUUUUCCGCCGCUUCUUCUGGGUCAAAAAUGGUCGUGGGAACCUCUUCUACAUACUUGAGCAGCAUGCAUUGAAUCCGAAACUGGCCCAGCAACCUUUCCUGGCUUACCACGGCAAGAUCUGGACUUUUCACGAAACAUAUCAGACAGUCUUGCGAUAUGGUACCUGGUUGAAGCAGGCCCAUCAAGUCAAACCUGGCGAUGUGGUCGCGAUAGAUUUCAUGAAUUCACCGACGUUUAUAUUCAUGUGGAUGGGUCUGUGGAGCAUUGGUGCUGUUCCUUCUAUGAUCAAUUAUAAUCUGACCAAAGCCCCGUUGGAACACUGUGUCCGGAUUUGCGAUGCCAAACUUCUUGUUGUUGAUGAAGAGCUGCGUCCUCUCUUUCCUCCGGAACAGUUGUCAGUCUUCAGUGCGCCUGAUUUCCGUAAAAAUGGUGGCCCUGUUGAAGUCGUAUUCCACGACAACACUCUGGAGUUUCAAAUUAUGGAGUUUGAGCCCAUUCGGGCACCUGACGUUGAUCGCGGUAAUCAAGAAGCCACUUCAACCUGCAUGUUUAUCUAUACCAGUGGCACGACUGGUCUUCCCAAAGCUGCCAUCAUCAAUUGGAGCAAAGCAAUAACUGCCGCGAGUUUUAUGCAUGUAGCACUUGGUCUGCGGCGGACAGACCGCGUCUACACCUGCAUGCCAUUGUAUCAUUCAACUGCCGGUCUUUUGGGCUACACCGCUUGCUUACUCAAUGCUAGUAGUCUAGCAAUUGGCCGUAAAUUCUCAGCAAGGAACUUCUGGAAUGAAGUGAGAGAGAACGACGCGACCGUGGUGCAGUACGUUGGAGAGACGCUCCGUUAUUUACUUGCCACUCCAACCCAAACCGAUCCGGCUACUGGAGAGAAUCUGGAUAAGAAGCACAAUGUUCGAAUGGCCUAUGGAAAUGGCCUUCGCCCAGACGUUUGGAAUCGGUUCAAAGAGAGGUUCGGAAUUGAUACGGUGGCAGAGCUAUACGGCGCCACAGAAGGAUUGUCAAUAACUUUGAACGUAUCGCGGAAUGACUACUCAACUGGCGCUAUUGGCCGCAAUGGUGCCCUCGGAAACCUCCUUUUAUCGAUCUCCUCAACUAUUAUUGAGCUGGAUCCCAUCACGGAGCUUCCUCGACGUGACCCAAAGACUGGCCUAUGCGUGCAAGCCGUGAAAGGCGAGCCCGGCGAAUUGUUAUUUGCGGUCGAUGCAGAAAAUAUUGCGGAGAAAUUUCCGGGAUACGUUAACAACCCGGAAGCUAACAAUAAAAAGAUCAUUCGCGACGUUCGUAAAAAAGGAGACGCAUGGUUUCGCACGGGAGAUAUGAUCCGGUGGUAUCCCAAUGGGUUGUGGUAUUUCUCCGAUAGGAUUGGAGACACUUUCCGUUGGCGCAGUGAAAAUGUGUCGACAAACGAGGUCAGCGAGAUCCUGGGCAAUUAUCCGGACGUCCAUGAGGCGAAUGUGUAUGGCGUCGAGGUCCCACAUCAUGAUGGCAGGGCAGGUUGUGCCGCAAUUAUAUUCAAAGAACAACUUCAGAAUCCAACUUCCAACGUUGUUAUUGAGCCGUCACAGAAAAUUCUUCAAUCUUUGGCUGCUCAUGCCUCUGCGCAUUUACCAAAGUACGCCGUUCCCCAGUUUCUUCGAGUCACCGCUUCGAUGCAGUCAACCGGCAACAACAAGCAGCAGAAGACCACUUUACGAGCUGAGGGCGUCAACCCAGAACUCUUAGAGAAUAAUAAGACUACCGAUCGACUGUACUGGCUGAGCAAUGGCACAUACGUUCCCUUUGGGAAGAAAGAGUGGAAUCAACUGAACAGGGGCAAUGUUAGGCUGUGAUCCACCCCCUAUGAUCUGUUCCCAUUUACCCUUAAUUUUUCUUCGAACUUUCGUUGGCCUUUUGUAGAAAUUUCUAACCUAUACCCUUUUGAAUUUUUGCCCUUCCCUGAGCCUGAUGAGCUCCAUGCAGUUGUUCCCAUCAAUGUGAACAAAUGAGGUUCAUUUCUUGAGGAGGAUUGCCAUUUUCCCCCCCUCUUUCGCGGGAAUACCUUAGCCUACAAAAAGAGACAUAAGUAUUUCUAGAGAGUUUGUUUUGUUCGAUGCUACUUGAUAAUCUGUCGAUAUCAUAGUGGCGGACCCGACGCUUUGAUCCAUAGCAUUCAGUCAAGUUCGUGUUCGAACCCGAGAUUUAAGCAGCUAGUAACUAUAUCUGAACUUCUACAUCGCUGGGCAUUUGGAUUAUCAUUUUUGUUUCCUCCUCCCCUCUAUGGCCAAUAUCUUAGGUCUCAACGCACCCGAACUUUGGGGUCAUUCAAACUCGACAAGGUCAAGUCCUGCCAUCGGGUGAGGAUAUGGGGAUAUGUAUAUCGUGAGCUCGGGAUGUAGCUCGAUUGUCUGGUAGCAAAAGGAUGCUUUACCCGCAGACAUCUAUACAAAACUGUUACAAACUUGUCUGUCACAAACAGUAAUGAGAAGCUUCCAAGGCAAAAGGCCCAGCCCAUGAAGUUUCAACAAACUUUGCAGUCACCAGGCGUCUGACAUGAUUCGGAUCGCAUGCUGCUCCGAUCUCAAUGGUUAGGAUACAUGUCUAUCCGGUUCCGAAAAUGGUUAUACACAAUAAUAAGCAUAUUAAAAGGUCUCAAUGAUAUAGAGGAGAAAUAUUAUGCGUUUUAAAACAGAAACUUCUUCAACUUUCCAGACCUUCGCAUCCAGAUCAAGGAGGAAUAAAUGUUUUGUAACUUGGCAAGCCUGAUUGCUCUGCUGCAAGGAUGCUUCUUGUUCGUGAAACAGGCAACUAACCAUGUUGCUCCUGAACAAGUAUUGUAUGUACGGAGCACAUAAUGGAAACAGCAUAAGAUAACAAA